GCUCUUUAUAACACCUUCCCAAACUUCGAGCAUUUUUCAUCAGCGACCAAAUUUACAGACAAAGAAAUUACAAAAGAACCCUAGAUUCCCUUCUCCGAUCUUCUUCCUUCUCUGUAAGUAUAUAGAUUCUGGGUACUUGUUUCCAGAUUUCGUAGUUUAUUCUAGCUUAAGUUCAGGUAAAACUCAGAUUCUUAGCACGAAUUCUUUCCGUUCUUUGAUCAGAGAUUCCGAAAAUUCAUCCAAUCUGUAUAUAGAUAGAUAUAGCUAAAGUGCGUAUAUAGAUUCUUCUUCACUGGGUUUUAGACAGUGAUCUGGAUUCUUGAGUCGAGGAUGAACACUAGGAGCUGUGUUUGCAUCUGUACGAUGAAACCCUGUUGUAGAAUCUUGAUUAAUUACGGAAGUUCCUCGCUUUUCGGUAUUCGUGCCCGGAAUUCGAGCAUAUUCAAUUCGUCGAAAUUACAUUGUACAAAGGUUGAUUCCAGGGGUUGUAGAUCUCGUAUUCAUUGUCGAGGUGGUCUCGCGCCACGGAUUGUUCAGGAUCGGAAGGCUUUUUGUGUGUCCGAUCCUGGUUGGGGACGAUCUAGGGUUUACAGGGAUUUUAAUAGUAGUAGGGGAAGGGGUGUUUUAGUAAUUCCCCGUGUAGCUUCGGAUUAUAGGAACCACUCGACUUCGUUAGAUCAUCAUGUAAAUGAUAAGAGCUUCGAGAGGAUCUACAUUCAAGGGGGAUUGAAUCUGGAGCCUCUGGUUUUCCGUAAACUUGGAAAACCUGAUGAAAUAGCGAAAGAGGAAGGGGAAGGUGAUGUUGGAGCCGUCGAUGUUAGCGAUACGAAGCAGUUAGCAAGCCAGACCAAGUCAGAGAAGGAGGCUUGGGAGCUGCUUCGAAGUGCCGUGGUUAAUUAUUGUGGGUUUCCUGUGGGGACGGUUGCGGCAAAUGAUCCCGGGGACAAGCAGCCAUUGAACUAUGAUCAGGUCUUUAUACGGGAUUUUGUGCCUUCUGCAUUGGCGUUCUUGCUUGAUGGAGAAGGGGAGAUUGUGAGAAACUUUCUCCUGCAUACAUUGCAGUUGCAAAGCUGGGAGAAAACGGUUGACUGUCACAGCCCUGGACCGGGAUUGAUGCCCGCGAGUUUCAAAGUGAAAUAUGUGCCUCUUGAGGGAAGUGAUGGCCUGUUUGAGGAGGUUUUAGAUCCUGAUUUUGGUGAAUCGGCUAUCGGGCGUGUCAGCCCUGUUGACUCUGGCUUGUGGUGGAUAAUAUUGCUGAGAGCUUAUGGGAAGCUCACGGGUGAUUAUGCGUUGCAAGAGAGAGUCGAUGUUCAGACAGGCAUCCGAUUGAUCCUUAACCUCUGCCUAUCUGAUGGUUUCGACAUGUUCCCAACUCUUUUGGUCACUGACGGUUCGUGCAUGAUUGAUCGGAGAAUGGGCAUUCAUGGUCACCCUCUUGAAAUCCAAGCCUUAUUCUACUCGGCCCUGCGUUGUGCUCGAGAGAUGCUUAACGUAAAUGAUGGAACGAAGAGCUUAGUUGCUGCUAUCAACAACCGGCUCAGUGCGUUAUCGUUUCAUAUCAGAGAGUACUACUGGGUUGAUAUGAAGAAAAUAAAUGAGAUUUAUCGUUACAAAACAGAGGAAUACUCGACAGAUGCGAUUAACAAGUUCAACAUUUAUCCCGAUCAGAUCCCAUCUUGGCUCGUUGACUGGUUUCCGAAUGAGGGGGGCUACUUCAUUGGAAACCUUCAGCCAGCUCACAUGGAUUUCAGGUUCUUCAUGCUUGGGAACCUUUGGGCUAUUGUUUCUUCACUUGGCACCCGGCAACAGAACGAGGGCAUUAUGAACCUGAUCGAGGAGAAAUGGGAUGAUCUUGUGGCGAACAUGCCUCUCAAGAUCUGUUUCCCGGCGCUCGAGCAGGAUGAGUGGCGAAUAAUCACUGGCUGUGAUCCGAAGAACACGCCUUGGUCAUACCACAAUGGCGGAUCUUGGCCUACUCUUCUUUGGCAGUUCACAUUGGCUUGCAUCAAGAUGGGGAAGCCCGAACUGGCACGGAGAGCGGUUGCCAAGGCCGAGGCAAGGCUAGCUUCCGACCGUUGGCCUGAGUACUACGACACGAGAAGCGAAUUCGUGGGGAAGCAGUCGAGGCUUCACCAGACGUGGACGAUAGCGGGUUUCUUGGCGUCGAAGAAGCUUCUGGAACAACCCGAGAAAGCCGCGCUCUUGUUCUGGGAAGAGGACUAUCAGCUUCUGGAGACCUGUGUCUGCGGUUUAGGCAGAACCGGUCGUAAGAAGUGUUCGAGAUUCAGACCGCCGGGUCGAUCUUGAAACUAGUUCCGAGCUUGUCGGAUUGUCUUAACAUGUUUAGAACAUUCUCUUACAGUUCCUCAAAUUCUCUGUUGAAAAACCAAUCUCAUAAACAAUGUAGUGUCACUGAAAGAGUAACGUCACUCUGUUGGUUACUCUUGGCCAUUAUUGUUC